AUGUCGCGUCGACGAUAUCACGAUUCCGAUGAUGAAUAUGAUCAUAGGCAAGCUAAACGAUUUCGCAGAAGCAACAAUGAACCCAAGCAAAUUGAAGACAGAUUAGAGUCUUUGAUAUUUCGCGUUGGAGAAAAAAGUAGUUCGUCAUUAGAAACGAAUUUAGAAAAACUUGCUGGCGUACUACAAGCAGAUAUACCUAAUUAUAAGCAAAAAAUUCUCGAUACUUUGUACAACAGUGUAACGUUGCUACCUUUCAAAGUAUCCAUUUAUUCCACUCUUAUUGGCCUCUUAAAUGCUAAGAAUUAUAAAUCUGGUGAAGAGUUUGUUAACAUGGCUGUUGCAAAUCUUGAGCAAGAUCUAAUGAAAGGCCAAUUUGAACCAGCUCUAAUAAAGGUACGCCUUUUAGCAGAUAUGGUCAAUGCUCAUGUCAUAUCAUCAACUCCUAUCAUGAUCAUGUUUAGCAGUUUUGUUGGUGUUACUAAGGAACCUGACAUUCCGCAGGCCCGAUCUGACUGGUUCGUGUAUGCAGUGCUUUCUGCUUUACCAUGGGUUGGCAGACAACUAUUUAAAGAGAAAGGAGAAGAUUUGGCGAAUUUAAUGUCGAGUAUAGACAGUUAUAUCAAACGUAGGAAAAAACCAUACCUGUCAUCAUUGUAUACCUGGAAGGAAAAAAUCUAUCCACCCCAAGAAGAUUAUCUAGACUGCUUAUGGCAACAAAUAAAGGAUUUAAAAUCAAAUGGGUGGAAGGAACGUUACCUACAUCGACCUUACCGUGCUUUCGAUGAUAUAUUGGUCAAUGCCUUUGAUCAUACAUUUCCAAUAGUAACAAUACCGCACCAUGACGAUGAUGUGAUCUACCCGUUGCCAAAAGUUACUUUUAGGCUUAUUAAACAAGAAGCAGAGAGUGAAACUGUUCAUUGCGUCGAGAGAUACAUAAUGGAAGAAUCUAUCCGUACUAUAAUGAAAUCCAUGUAUAAAAAUCGUAAAGAAUGUGCUUCUCGCCUUUUGUCUCUUCCUAGCAGAUCCAGACUGUCAUUAUAUGAUACUAUUAUCGAGACCAUUUUUAGUGAUCUAUUCACUCUUCCGAAAUCAGUAUUUCCAGAGCUUUUCACUAGUUCUUUAUUAAUAGAAUUAUGCAAGUCAGAGCCAACCGUUGUCCCCAAAGUGCUUGCUGAAGCAACAGGGAUCCUAUAUGAUCGUGUUGACAUCAUGAAUGUUACCUGUGUGCAUCGAUUUGCUAGCUGGUUUUCAUAUCAUCUUAGUAACUUUCAAUAUAAAUGGAGUUGGAACGAUUGGGAGGACUGCUUAAACCAAGAAUCAUCCCCGAAACGGAGAUUCGUUAGUGAAGUUUUAGAAAAAUGUGUACGGCUAGCAUAUUUCGACCGUAUCGUUGAAAUUAUCACUGAGCCUCUUGUUCAAUUAUUACCCCCUGAACCCUCGCCGAAGUGCAAAUUUGAAAGAUCAGAUGCUGAAUCAACGGAUCCUGCUGUAAAUCUAGCUCAGCAAUUAUUUACAGCAUUCAAGGCCAAGAAAUCGCCAGAGGAAGUUAUUGAAGUUUUAGAGAGCGCAAAAACAAGUUUAUUUGCUGAUAAUGAAGAUGAAUAUGCGAAGACUGCUGCAGAGGUGUUAGUACAAUGCGUACUAUCCAUUGGACAAAAGUCUAUUAGCCAUGCUACAAGCGGAAUUACAAAAUUUAAGACAGUAUUUAAAGCUAUCAUCAAGGGUGGUGACGAGCAAAUAAUAUGUUUAAAUUCUAUGUUUAGCGUUUGGGAACGUAAUAUACAGAUUUUAGAGUUACUUUUAGACAAAAUGCUACGACUUGAAAUUAUUGAACCAUCUUCAGUCAUUAAUUGGCUUCUUUCACGGGAUAUGUUAGGCAGUUUUCAAAGAUUCUUUGUAUGGAAUAUCGUACAUCAUUGCUUACGAAAAUGUAGUAAACGAUUGCGUAUUGCCAAAAGAGAACUGCAGGAUGUAAAAGAAAAAUUUAGUGCUUGUUCGAAUUCAGAGGAUACCACUGAUGAAGAAAGAUCAAAACUAUCUAAUGCUGUGGAUAAUCUAUCAGAUGAAGUGUAUAACGCUUAUCAAAAGCAAAAAGAAGUAUUUUUAAUCUUAUUCCAGCGAUUUAUUAUCAUACUAAAUGAUCAUCUGUAUCGUCGAGAGCAAGAUCAAAGUAGUCCAUGGUUAAGCUUCGCCCUGGAAAAGCUGAAGGAAGUGAUGCAUAUGUAUUAUGAAGAAGUAUUUUCAUACAAGGAAACACUAGAACAGUUACUUUUCACUUCCGAGACGGAUUCACGUAUACUUCGAGUUUUUACUGACUUUUGUUCACUUCGUGAUUGA